UCGCUCAGCGUAUCGGCCACUACGCUCUGCUCCUCCUGCAACAAGAGCAUCACGGCUAAGGAGGCGCUCAGCUGUCCAGGUAAACUCAGCUGCCCAGGUAAACUCAGCUGCCCAGGUGACUGUGUGACCACCAGGAACAGUUGACCCUCAGAUUUGGACUCGGUCAUCUAACCACCCUCCAACCCCCAGCGCCUCCCUGGGGGCAGGAAGAGGUGGUGCUCGCGGUGCGAGGGGUCCGUGGUGAUGCUGCGGGCUCUCCGGAGGCAGCGGAUCCUGUUGAUCUCCUCCAGAGACGGAAGAGGGCAUCCAGUCAGUCUGUGGGCGGAGCUUCUGGCCCUCUGGAGCUGCUUCCUCUCUGCUGGAGAACCACAGCGAGACGCCGUGGCUCAACACCAACUCCGCAGAGAGCUCAGCUCUCCGCUUGUUCUUCCUGAGAAUAAUCAGGAAGUUCAGACUCUGCUCUGCCCUCUUGAGGACUGAAGUGAAGUUGGCGUUCCAGGUCAGGUCUUCACUGACGUAGCUGCCAAGGAACCUGAAAUCUGGCACAUUCUCCACCCUGUCCCCGUCUCUAAUGAUGGGGUGAAUGUGUGGUUUGCACCCCUAAAGUCGACGAUCAGCUCGUGUUCAAACGGAGGUUGUUGUUCUCCGUUCUCCACUCUGUAGUCGGUUUCCAGAGAGAGGCCCCCAAUCCCUGUGAUGGUACCAUUUGGGUCUGUGGGGCUCUCAGCAUGUGGCCUUGUGGAGAUCCGGUGCUGGUGGGACAGGUGGGGUCCGGUCCAGGUCUCAGAACUCCAAGUAGGGAAAUGGACCAGGUCUACGUGACAGUAAUGUCUCACCUGGCUACAGUGAUGCACAGGUGCACCUGACCAGUCUGUGACAUCACUACUGUGGUUCCUGCAAAGCCAAUCAGAGAGCAGGUACUGAGCAGACUCCUUUCUUUCCUAGGAUGCAACGUCACCAUCCACAACCGCUGCAGGGACAGCGUGGCGAGCUGCGCCAAGAUGAAGCAGAGGCAACAGAAGCUGACGUUAGUCAGAAACAAUUCAGCUCUACAGAACGUCGCUCUGCGGACCAAAACUCCGAUGAUGAAGGAGCGUCCGAGCUCAGCUAUCUACCCCUCAGACACUUUGCGACAGUCUCUGCUGGGAUCCAGGCGGGUUCGGACCGGCCUCACGCUCGCCAAGAGCGUCUCCACCAAUAACAUCGCAGGGGGGACAGAGGAGUCCGUCGGUCUCCGCAGGAUUCUGUCCCAGUCCACCGAGUCGCUGAACUUCCGCAACAGAACUCUGUCCAUGGAGUCUCUGACCGACGACGGCGAGUGGUGGUGGAGCCCCCUGCUGGAGGAGCUGCAGGAGGAGGGCGGCUGCGUCCAGGCCGACAGCUGGAGCAUGGCGGUGGACUCCAAGUUCCUGCAGAUGCAGCACAAAGACGUCAUCAAGCAGCAGGACGUCAUCUACGAGCUGAUCCAGACGGAGUUCCACCACGUCCGGACGCUGCGGAUCAUGGAGGGCGUUUACCGGCGAGGGAUGCAGGAGGAGGUGCUGCUGGAGGCGGGAGUGGUCCACACCAUCUUCCCCUGCCUGGACCAGCUGCUGGAGCUGCACACCAACUUCCUGUCCCAGCUGCUGAGCCGCAGGAAGGACGGGCUGCAGGAGGGCAGCGCCAACAACUUUACCGUCCGUCGCCUGGGCGACCUGCUGCUGCGACAGUUCUCAGGUCAGUGUGCCGAAGACAUGAAGAAGCUUUACUCCGAGUUCUGCAGCCGCCACCCCAAAGCCGUGAAACUCUACAAAGAAGUGCUGAACCGAGACCGCAGGCUGCAGCAGUUCAUCAGGCGGGUUUGUCGCGGUCCUCUGCUGCGUCGCCAUGGCGUCCAGGAGUGCAUCCUGCUGGUCACCCAGCGGAUCACCAAAUACCCGGUUCUGAUCCAGAGGAUCCUGGACAACACCAAAGGCUGUCCGGACGAGCGGCGAGACCUACAGGAGGCCCUGGUCCUCCUGAAGGAGCUGAUUGGCUCGGUGGAUCAGGAGGUUCUGGAGCUGGACCGGAACAGGCGGCUGCAGGAGGUCCAGGCCCGGUUGGACCCACGGGCCCAGGCUGAGGUGAAGGGAGGCGGCGCGUUCAGAGGGGGGGAGCUGCUGAGGAGGAAGCUGCUCCAUGAGGGGACACUCACCUGGAAGGUGCAGGGCUCCAGGAUGAAAGAUGUGCAGGUCUUGCUGAUGUCAGACAUCUUAGUUUUCCUCCAGGAAAAGGACCAGAAAUUCACUUUUGCAUCACUGGACAAGUCCCCUGUGGUUUCCCUGACCAAGCUGAUCGUCAGAGAAGUAGCCAAUCAGGAAAAAGGGAUGUACCUGAUCAGUGACUCCGCCCCCCCAGAGAUGUACGAGCUGUACGCUUCGUCCAAAGACGACCGGAAGACGUGGAUGAGCUGCAUCCAGAAGGCUGCUCAGAGCUGUCCUUCCAGAGACGAGUUUCCUCUCAUUGAGACUGAAGACAAAGCUUUACAGCGCCGCCUCAGAGCUGACAUCCAGCAGAAGGACAAGGAGGUUCUGGAGCUCCUGCAGGAGCGGGCCACCUUGUUCUCCGAUUUGGUCCAGGCCACGGCGCGAGAAGACGGAGAGGAGCGGCGUGUGGAGGCGAAGACCUCCUCCUGUAACCGGAACCUGUUCAGAGCCGACACACCGCACGCUCCCAAAGCAGAACCGCUCCUCCUGGCCGCCAUUGGAGAAGUCGACAAACUGGCAGCGCUGCUGUCCGACACCAGCAAUCAGAAAUCCUCUGUGACCAACGGCAACCAGGACAUCAGCAAUGGGGAUUCGGGUUCUGUCAACGGUUCUUUUAAACUCAACAGCUCUUCCAAGGACCGGAACGGAAACCAGCUGCAGGAACGGACCCUGAACGAGGAAGUGCGCCAGCGGCUGGUCGGGCUCAGCACGCAGCUUCACACCCUCCAGGCGGCGGUGAUCCGGCAGGACUCGAUCCUGGAGCUGUCGGCGGGCGCCGUCCCCCAGGCCGGCCCUGGCUCCGCCCCCCGCCUGGUGCGGUCGAUGUCGCGCGAUGCGGCGCUGGACGCCAGCGGCGAGGCGGUGCUGCUGCGCCGGCAGGUGGAGCUGCUGCAGGAGGAGCUGUCGCGGCUGCGUCUGAAGGCGGAGGAGGGCGGCAAGAAGGUGGCGGGGUCCGGAAAGAAGAAAAAGAAGAACAAAGGGAAGGGUGACGCCUCCAAGGACCAGCAGGUCGACAGGAAGCUGGAAGCCGAGCCGCCCACCGUCGCCCCGUUGGCUGUCGAGGAUCCCGUCGACCAAUUAGAUGGCCUUGAGGAGGAGGAGGAUGAAGAAGUGAUGAAGAUCUCGCCGCGCUCCGACAGUCCCAGAGACCUCCAGGACAUUCCCGAGGAGAGCGAGAGCUAACCUCCCAGUGGAUGUCGCCGCCAUGAUGUCACCGUGAUGUCACCGUCGCUACCAGAGAUCCACUCGCUGUCGGACAUUUUCCUUCAACAUUUCCUAAAUUUUCUGUUCGAUACAGGAAGUGUAACCAUGACAACUGUUUACUGAUCAUGUCUGCUGGAGGGGGGAGGGGCAUAGAGAGAGGGAGGGGCUUACAGAGGCUGUGGUCAACUCUGAUUGGAGGCCCUAAGGCCAGUGGGCGGAGUUUGUGUGUCUCAGUCCAAAGUUCAAAAUCUGCUUCAAAAAAUGCUUCAUACAAUCGGCCAUGCUGGGAGCUGGAGACCAGUACAGGUUUACUGGGAGCUACUGGGGGGGUCAGGGGAAAAGAAGCUGGAGUGAAACUGUGGAUAAAACAGGAAACGCUGCUUGGCAGGAUUCAGAUAUUAAAAUGAGAGUCUGAUCAAUAAGUAAUAAUCGAUUUGGCCUGAUAGGAACGCUGAUUCAGCAGAUCUCAGAGCAGACCGACCUGCUGACCUUCGCUGGAAGCAGAAACAUUUCUGUUCCUGGCUCAGAUCCAAACAUGAGACACAUGAACGGUCACCACACUACAUUACCCAGAAGGCCUUUGGAGUUGCAGCCUGACUGUGGGAACUUUAUUUAAACAGAAGUAGUUUUAGAAACUUUUAUUCUGUUUGUUACGUCUGAAUAUUUAGCUUCAAAAUCUGUUCCAGGUUCAGGUGAAGCCAAAACAUUUUAAUGCAGCAGCAGGGUGGGAGGAGGGACCAGUUAGAGAUAGGGACUGGGAGGACUGGGAGGGAGGUCUGCAUGAGUCACAGCUGCUGUACAUUAGCAUGUUAGCAUGGCUGUUUUUUCUAUAAGAGUUAAUUAACCAGUUUGUAAGUGUCAACAUGAUGAUGAUGAUGAUGAUGUAAACACUAUGAACCUGCUGAUGGACACAAACGACUCCAGCUCUUCAGCUGAUGAAGAUGAUGAUGAAGGUUUCCUAUCCAGAACAUUUUAGAGAAUUUACAGAAACAUCUGGAAGAUCCAGGAGAACAACCUGAAACCUUUCAGGAACUGAUUAUUGAUUUCUGCUGAAUAUAAAAACCUCAGAAACUU